CAUUGUACCCAGAUGCCACUCACAUUAUGCAACCGAUGAACGUGUCACUUUUUCAUCCACUGAAGACUAAAUAUAGAGACGCAGUACGUCAGUGGAGGAUAGAAAAUGAUGGUGCACUUUUGACAAAAGUUCAUUUCGCAGGAGUACUCAAGAGUGUACUAGAUUCUCUAGAUUUAGUGAAAAUUUUUGGAAAUGGAUUCAAGCGAUGUGGGCUUAGUCCAUUUUCUGAACAUGCCAUCAUCUGCAACAAGCUAUUGAAAAUUGAUGAUAGACAAGUAGAAGUACAAAAAGAACAGACAUACUGUGAACCGAAUGUUGAAGUAUCUAGUACAUCAGACCAAAACAACUCUUUCUUCGAAUGCCAUUUAGAUGCAGAUUUUUUGACCAAGUUGAAAAGUCAUGAUGAUUCAAUAGAGUGGACUGGAUCAGCCGAACUCAAAGAAUUAUACAAGUUUUGGCUCAGAUGUCAACAAAGUGUACCCAGGAUGUUAGAUCAGAGUGUCACGGAUACUGGUUUUGGAGAUCAGAAUGAUAGCAUUAGUACUCGUACGAUAGACAGGGAAGUUAUUAAAGAAAUUUUAGAGGAACGCCUAAACAAGGGCUGUUCACUGUCCGAGGAAUUAUAUGCUAAUGGAAACUUGAUCGUAGUUGGUCCUAGCGACAGCUUCCAAGAAACAGCUAGCGACGAAAAUGUUGAAGUAAGCCAGUUUAACGUUGAAUUAAAUAGUGCAAAUACAAGCAUAAAUUUAGAAAAUAUGGAUAUUGUCAUGGAUUUAAGCUGCGAUGAGUCUAAAAUGAAUUUUUCACAAGAUGUCAAAGACCGUAGGCUCAGUAUUGAUGAUGUUGAUAUUCCUUCGGCGAAGACUAUGGACAUCGAUGUUGAAACUUCUUCUUCGAAGUUUAUGGAUAUCGAUGGCAGUAAACGCAACUGAGAAGUUAUAAUGGAUACUUCUGAAAGUUCCUAUUCCAAUAAGGUUAAGAGAGAUUUUCGAAGAAGCCCAUAAUGCUAGAUGUGCCAAUCAUGAUGUAGAUAUUUCUUCGAUGAACAGUGAAAUUAAGGAAUACCAGACUACUUCCAAGACUGUGAUAGAUUCUUCGAAAAUUGGUGAUUUUGAAAGUGAGCGAUUGUGAACAGGCUCUAGAUUUAUGCAUACUAAAUAAGCCUGCGUUGAAGCAUUCUAAUCGUUCAGUUAUAAGACAAAAAAGUACAUUCGAUACUGAUGUAGUUGGUCAUGGCGAUAGUUUUCAAAGAAACAGGGAAGUUUCUGAACCUUGUUUAGAAAAUUGUCAAUCAAGUGCAACUCUUCCACUCACUGAAUAUUCUAAUAAAAAGAACUUAGUUAAUAAUGCAUGCAACGAUUGAGUGUCUACUGUACCAAAUAAUAAGUUCAACUUCUAAGUCUAUUGUGAAAACUGCCUUCAAGGAUUUCCUUUUUAUGCCAAAAUUUGAUAAAAGUAAAAAAAAGGACGUCAAGAAGUAAAGCCUAUUGCUACUGGUUUAGCCUGGAGAAAUUUAUGGGAUUUAACAGCAGAGCAAAAACGAGAAAAAGGGAGAGUAAAAGUUGACAAAAAAUUUUAAAUGAUCAAAAAUAAACAAAUUAAAUAGAAUUAUAAGAGAACCUCAAAAAAAAUGAGGCCGCAAAAACUUCAAGCACAAGAUGAAAUCAACAGAUCAGAUUUAAAGCUAACAAUAUACGGCUCAGAAAAGAAUGUUGUGUAUUCAAUUAAAAACUGAUCAGUUUAAGGACAAUCAAACAGCACUGGAAACUGAAACUAAUAUUAUUCAAAGUAAAAUCAUUGAAGAAGUCUUCAGAAAAAAAAAA